AUGAUGAAAAAGGGUAGAUCAGUAGGCAGCAAAGUUGUGAGAGCCCCUGCAAAGUGCAAUCUAAAGACAGGAUCCAUAGGGGUGAGAAAUUCUCCCAAGAGAACAAAUAAGUUGGACCACAAAGCAAGAGGAUACAGUGAAGAGUUGUUGACUGAUAAAGAAAAUCAACAUCUUCUGUUUAAAGAACAUAUGAGUACGUGCCCAGAACCUCUGAACAAAGAUACUUUUAUUUCAGAAAAGAAAGCGGAUAUUGAACUUCAUCCUGGAGAAAUGCUCACUUCCUCAAAAAUCAAGUUACAGCUUUUCCCAAUUAAUGAAGGAACUCGGAUAGGACUUGAACAGGAUGGGCAUAAUCCUUAUUUGGAACUCACACUACGAGGUCGAAAAAAAAUAUCUUCAAUAUUAAAACACCUUGGAAAGAAGUGGGGAAGUUCUAGUAUGGCCAAAGGGGAGCUUAUACUUUUCCCAUAUAAUAUAAUGGAAAAUCUUUCUGACAGCAGAAGGUGGACUAUUAAUGACAGUGACGCAACAGCCUCUGCUGUUUAUGCUGCUGUAGGAAGCCCUUCAAUUUUCCGGUUGAAGUAUGGCUGGUUCUACAUACAUGAACCCAGAUCUUCUGGUAUACCAUCCACACCAACUUCCUAUAAGCCUGUUGUAGCUGGAGGAGGCAAUGCUAAUUUAGAGGAGACUUUAUGUGGUGAACAGGACAUGGUUGAGACGAGCAAAGAAUACAAAGCAACUGAUGUGGGCAGCGCAGUUGGUGAGCCAAGAGUAAGUAGUGAUGUUCAACAGUCAUCAUCUCCAUGGCUUGAUAGUCUAAGCAAUAUAAGCAUUGGGGCCUUCCUGUCUGAAGCAUCAUUGUUUGGUGGGCUUGAUCCAAAAUCAUUUGCUGGCAUACAGCCGUGUGAUAUAACUUCCGAUUCAUUGGAUGCUUUUAUUGCCGCUCAAAUUAAUAAUCGUCCAGUUUCAAGACUAAGUGGUGAAGACUUGCGCACAUCCAUAUUGGAUGCUGAAGAAACAUGUCAUGCAUUUCCUCUUCAAAAGUUAUCUUCCCCAACAGAUGUGCUGACAAGUGGAAGAAAGGAUUAUUCAGUGGCAUGCAAUCAGGAUGUUUCUUCAAACUUGUUAAAGUUGUCGAAUACAGACAAGUGUUGCAUUGGGUCUGGUACGGAUAUUGGGCUUCAAAUCGAUGAGGGAAUGAGACAUGUUUCUAUAGGGGACUAUGUAGUCGUAUGGAAGCUUCGUUAUCCAUCAUUACUCAUAGUUUCUCGUGGCUUUGUCAAGGUCAAUGAUCAAGAUGGACCUUCACCAAAUCCUCCAUCCGGCAAGACUCAGACAGACCAGUUACUUUCUUCACGCCCAUAUGAUGAUGAAAGAAGUCUUGGGUUAACAAACAUCAAUUGGAAUGAUUCUAUGGGACCUUUUGAUCUUGGCAUGCCAGCUAAGAAGCCUAUUGGCGGAGACAGUAUCAGCAUUGGCGGAUUAGUUAAAUAG